CUGUGAUCAACUUAGUAUACUUGAGUCCGCGCUAGUGUUCGCACGCUUCCCACUCCUAUUUCCACACUCCAUUAGUUUGUUGUUGUAUUUGUUCGCUUUUAGACUUCAUUCUUAUAAUAUACACUUUGUGCAAGUCUAAUUUAAGACGGUAAAAUGCUUGCGGUCAUUAUAGUGGUAAUUGUGGUUUUGGUUCUAUACUUAUACGGAACAAGAAACUUUAAGUACUGGGAACGAAAACAAGUUAAACAUGACGAGCCAGUAAUCUUUUUCGGUAACAAUACAAGAAAUUAUUUAAUGCAACAAAGUGUAUGCCAGUUGGCAGUGGAGAUGUACUGGAAGUAUCCAAAUGAGAAAGUGGUAGGUUUUUAUCGAGCAUCUCGUCCUGAACUUAUUAUUAGGGACCCUGAUAUUGCCAAACGAAUACUCACAACAGACUUUGCUAGCUUUUAUCCGCGUGGACUGAACAUGAACACCGAUGAGAUAGAACCUUUGCUUCGGAAUUUAUUUUUCGCUGACGGUGACCUUUGGCGGUUACUACGUCAACGGAUGACACCCGCUUUUACCAGUGGCAAACUGAAAGCUAUGUUUCCAUUAAUCGUGGAACGAGCUGAACGGCUGCAGGCCAGGGCACUCAACGCCGCUUCCGAAGGACAGGAGAUCGACGCUCGCGACCUCAUGGCACGAUACACGACUGAUUUCAUUGGUGCCUGCGGCUUCGGACUUGACUCGGACUCACUCAAAGAAGAAAACUCCGCUUUUAGAAAACUUGGAGCUACUAUAUUUCAAGCGGGACCUAAAGAAAUUUUCGUCGUUAUUUUAAAAGAACUCUUUCCCAGCAUAUUCAACAAAUUAAAACUUAUGACUCGCGUGGAAAAAGGUAUUUAUCAACUAGUGAACGAAGUACUACGACAACGAAACUAUGAACCAUCGGGUAGAAAUGACUUCAUAGAUCUUUUGCUUGAAUGUAAGAAAAAAGGCACAAUUGUUGGGGACUCGAUAGAAAGAAUGAAACCAGAUGGAAAACCAGAAAUUGCAACUUUAGAAAUGAAUGAGGAUCUCAUAGCGGCUCAAGUAUUUGUCUUUUUCGCUGCUGGUUUUGAAACAUCCUCCUCAGCAACCAGUUUUACCCUACACGAACUAGCUCAUCAUCCUGAUGUACAAAAUAAGGUACAAGAGGAGAUUGAUAGCGUUUUGGAAAGGUAUGAUAACAAACUAAGCUACGAUGCCAUUAAGGAAAUGCACUACCUAGAGUGGACAUUUAAAGAAGCAAUGAGAAUAUUUCCUUCGCUUGGUUUCUUGAUAAGACAAAGUGCCAAAAAAUACACUUUCGAAGACUUAAAUCUAACUAUUGAUGAAGGAGUAAGAGUAAUAAUACCCAUUCAAGCAAUGCAAAAUGAUUCUAAGUACUUUGAUAAUCCGAAAGAAUUCCGCCCUGAAAGAUUUGAUCCGAAUAAUUUUAAUGCUGACAACAAAUAUGUAUACUUACCAUUUGGUGUUGGACCUCGAGCUUGUAUUGGUGAGCGGCUUGGCCUGAUGCAAUCGCUGGCGGGGCUGGCCGCAGUUCUGUCACGUUUCACCGUGCGACCCGCACCCUCUACACUACGACACCCAAUAAUUAACCCUACCUCGGGCAUCGUACAAACUGUAAAAGGUGGCUUGCCACUAUUGUUCCUAGAAAGGAAGCCUAGAUGCUGAAGGAUUUUGACUUGAGCGGUUCGGUCAAAAAUGUUAUUACAUAUUAUAAAAUAUUAUACUAUCAUGCAUUAAUUAAGAAAAAUCUUUGUGAUUUUAAUUAACAGGAACGAUACUUUGUGAAUAUAUCGUCCAUAAAUGGAAUAACUGUUAAAACAACACAACAAUCGUUGUGUCAAAUUACGAUAAUUGUACCUACUGAAAAAUAUUUUUGAUACGAGUAGUUAAGCUGUUACGACUAAAUACGGUUAGUUAACUUGUAUACACGGCAUUUUUUUUUUUUUAAUAUAAUAAUAUAAUUACCUAAAUAAGUUUUUGACCUGCAAAAUAUUAUCCUUAACAAUUUCUUAUAUUUUAAUUUUUGUUGAUAGAAUUUCAGCCUAAAAUUAUUGCAAUUUAAUAAAUCUUGGUUUACACAUAUGUAUUUAGAGAGUGGAAAAUUACAUCCGGUCGAAAAUUAUUCCCUUCGACAUAAAUUAGUUGACGAUCACUGUUUAUUUUGUAUAUUUUGAGAUAGAAUAAGGUAUUUUAUAAGUGUAUAACAAAAUAAACAAACAUUAAUA